AUGCGACGUAGCACGCGCUCAAAACGUCUACAUCGCAUGGACGACGAUGAAAAUAUUUGGGGAGAAGAGACUUCUGCCGCUGCUGCCGUCUCCGCAACUGCAGAGUCGGGAGUUUUAGAUGCAAUUGAGCUCGUGAAUUUUAUGUGUCACAAAUAUGCAAGAGUUAAUUUCGGACCGAAAAUUAAUUUUAUUAUUGGGCAUAAUGGAAGCGGCAAGAGUGCUAUAUUAACAGGAAUUACUGUUUGCCUCGGAGGAAAGGCUAACACGACAAAUCGAGCCACAAACCUAAAAUCAUUGAUUCGUGAGGGUGCAAGGCAUGCAUACCGUCAUGAUGUCUACGGUGACACAAUAAUAAUCGAACGUCGUAUAACGCGCGACGGCACAAACGGCUACAAAAUCAAAAACUCUGAAGGCAAAACGAUAUCGACAAAACGGGAGGAAUUGACUGCCAUUUUGGAUCAUAUGAUGAUACAGGUGGAUAAUCCAAUGAAUGUUUUGUCGCAGGAUUCUGCAAGGCAGUUCUUGCAUUCUUCGAGUCCUGAGGAAAAGUAUAAGUUCUUUCAUAAAGGUACACAAUUGACACAACUAAGCGAAGACUAUGAGCUGAUACGAGACAGCAUAAACACCUCACUACGAAUAAUAAAAAAGAAAAAAGAAAUUCUUCCAGAGUUGCAUCGUGCCGCUAAAGAUGCUGAAGACCGAUACAAAAACAUGCAAAAGGCUCGUGAGCUCGAAUUGAGUUUAGACAAACUAAAGAAUGAGAUGGCGUGGGCUCAAGUUGAAGAAGUAGAGCAAGUCGUUCAAGAAGCGGAAUAUAAGCGAAAUAAUUCGGAGAGACGUGUUAAUACCACUCGGACAAAAUUUGAUGAAGCAAAUCAAAGCUUGCAAGAGAUCAGUCAAGAGGUAGCCGAAGUUAAUGAUGAGCUCAACGAACAUGCACAACAAGCUAAACCUCUAAAUAUUAUGAACGAAGAAAAAGAAAUAAACGAAACAAUCAUCCGGCUCCGCGAAACCGUCAACCAACACCAUCAAAAAAUCGAAGAAGAAACCCGAAAACUUGAACAACUCAACGGCGGUCAAAAUCUCGAAGAAGCACGCGCAGAAAUCGAAGAAAAAGAGAACGAAGUGAGCCAAAUCAAGCAGAAACUGGACAGAAGUCGAUCUGAUGUACGGGAAUCCGAGGAAGCGAUAGCGCACGCACAACGGCAAAAAGAUUUACUUGGAGAAAACCUUCGUCUUACUUCGGCGGAGAUAGGACGUUCGAGACAUUUCUUGCAGCAGUUGCACGAGAAAAGAGAAAAUCGGUUAAAAGUGUUUGGGUAUAAUCUUCCGCAAGUAGUCGAAGCGAUUAAUCGUGAGACACGGUUUGUGCAUAAACCUGUUGGACCACUCGGGAUGUAUGUACAGUUGCUUCGUCCAGAAUGGGCUAAAGCAGUGGAAUCUAUUGUUGGAAGUACAAUGGUUGCUUUCGCUGUGCAAAAUCAUGCUGAUCGUAAUUUGCUGAGUGAAAUUAUGAGGCGAUAUAAUUGUAAAUCUCCGAUCAUUGUUGGUACUGAUGAUCCAUUCGAUUAUACCGCAGGUGAACCUUCAUCGCAGUUUCUCACUAUCCUCCGAGUCUUACAGUUUGAUUCUGAACAAGUCAAGCGCGUCUUCAUCAACGACAAAAGUAUUGAAAGUACUAUUCUCUUAGAGAAUAGAAGUGAAGCUGAUGAAAUUAUGUAUAAUCAUGGUAGAGGAUAUCCGCAUGAUAUUUCCGCUUGUUACACUAUCGAUGGAUAUAAAAUUGGGCAUCGAGGCGGCGGGUAUUCUACACAAGCAAUGAGGAUGUAUAACGGUCCCUCGAGAUUUACGACAGAUAUUGAAAGCGAAAUUCGUGAAGCACAAGCGAAAUUAAAUGAAGCAGCUAACACAAAUGACCAAUAUAAGCAAGAAAUGAACAGAGCUGAAGACGAGUAUAAAAGAUUGGUGAAUAGGAAAGAAUCCUUAAAGGCGGAGACUCGUGAAUUAUUCUAUCGCGUGAACAGAUUAGAAGGUCAAAUUCAGCAAAUGAGAGAUCGCUUACAGCAAUAUGAACCCGCAAAUAUUGCCGCUUUGGAAGAAGCUAAAAAGGGAGCUGAAAACGAAAUCGAAAUGUACAAAAAUCAAUAUACCCAUAUCGAAAACCAACGUAACAAAAUAGACGAAGAACAACGUCCCUUAAUGCUUGAAUUCGAGUCCAUUCAUCGACGACUUGCAGACGAGAAUCGCAAGAAUCACUGGGAAUCAAAAUUGACUAAAGAGCAAAAAGAACUUGAUGCCUUUGAAUCACAGUUAGCUAGACUGCAUGAAAAAUUAGAGGAAACAACAAGACAGGCUGAAUCCUAUUGCGCGGAGCGAGUUAAAGUAACGAUGAAGCCGAAUGCUCUGGAUCGUAAAAUUAGGAGCAUUCAAACAAAAUUACGUGAACGAGAAAAGGAACAAGGUGCAAGUUUGGAAGAAAUCGCAUCAGACUUGCAAGCCAAGCGAGACACAUAUAACCAAGCGCGUGCGGAAAUAACAAACAUGGAUUCCUUUAUCGAGGAAUUGAAAUACUCUCUUAAGCUCCGUAUGAGAAAUUUAGCGGACUUUAGAACUUUUAUCGCGAUAAGAGCCAAACAGUGUUUUCAGUAUCAGCUCUCCAAACGUGGGUAUACAGGCAAAUUGUUGUUUGAUCAUCUAGAACACAAGUUAAAUCUUCGGGUUCAAGUAGAUGAUCAAACGGAAACCGCCACCGAAAAAGAUCCAAAAUCUCUUUCUGGGGGCGAAAAAUCCUUUUCCACCAUUUGUCUGUUGCUGGCUCUUUGGGAAGCUAUGGGAUGUCCGAUACGAUGCCUUGAUGAAUUUGACGUGUUCAUGGAUGCGGUCAAUCGUCGAAUCUCGAUGAAAAUGAUGAUCGAAACUGCGCGAGAAUCCGAUUGCAUUCAGUACAUUCUAAUCACUCCACAAGACGCGAGCAGCGUCUCCCCAGGUCCUGAUGUUCGUGUUCACAGACUUCACGAUCCAGAAAGAGGACAGGGAACAUUAAUCGCUCAUAGUGACGAUGAUGAAUAA